CGUGGAGCAAAGAGACAGAGAAAAAGAGGCACGAGGGGGGGGUGGACCAAUCGAAAGCAAAAGAGCAUGAAGAAGUCGGCACAGAAAAGUUUCUGAUAGUUUGACUUUUGGGAGUGAAACAGAUAAACAAGAGCAAAGGACAAAGCAAAGAGUUAAGAGAGGCAAAGAAAAAAAAGAGACCUCAACAUGCCAUUUUAAGUUGGGUCUUAUUCCGAGGACAUAACAGAAGGAGAAGCAGAUCUUCGGGACGUGAGGUGCUUUUUUUUUCAUCAAUCAAGAGUGAACAGCUUGGACGUGGAACCUGCAGCUACCUAUGACAGCAGAUCUGAGGUCAAGCUGCUUUGACCUCAGCUUCAGGAUCAACUUGCUGAUGCUUCAGUUUCAGUAAAGGGAGGUUGUAAACCAAGACUGACUUAGUCUUCUGAUUCUUCGGGCAAAGAACACUUGUCACCUUUAACUGGCAGCGUCAGCAUCAUUUGCUACCAAGCAUCUUCAGCACAACCUCAAACGCUACCAGCUUGUCUUGAGGGCUUCUCCAAAGGACUCCCCAGUAGCACUGAAGAUGACGUUUGCCAUGCUACGCACGCCGCCUCCCGCGGGCCGCUUCUUGUACGGUGACAUCGCUCUCCUCUCUGAAGACGACGAUGACAACGGCAGCGAGGGCUCCGGGUCCGAAGACCGAACCAAUUCCUCCAAUUCCGCUGCCUAUCGCCUGUCAUCGCAGUCCCCAACCACCUUCCACAUCAAGAUGAGCAGGAAGAGGAAGAUGUUAGGGGCUGCAGAGGUAGAAGACAUAGCCGCGAGGUUGGGCCCCCCAGGACAAACCAUGGGGGCCCAUGGGGAAGUUCGUCAGAGGACCGCCGCCAACGCGAGGGAGAGAGAUCGUACCAACUCUGUCAACACAGCCUUCACGGCGCUGCGCACGCUCAUCCCCACCGAGCCUGCAGAUAGGAAGUUGUCGAAGAUUGAGACGCUACGCCUGGCCAGCAGCUACAUCAGCCAUCUGGGGAACGUGCUGCUCCUGGGUGAAGGGCUUCAUGACGGACAGCCGUGCCAUGCUCCCUCACCCCCGUUCUUCCACGUCAGCUCCUCCCCCACCCGAGGAACCGACCAAUCCACUCAGCCCAAGCACAUCUGUACCUUCUGCCUCAGCAACCAGAGGAAAAUGAACAAAGACAGAGACAGGAAGACGACCAUCCGAAGCUAACGACCAGGACGCCAACCAACCUCUCUGUUAAACUGCUCAUCGCUCCGACAGUGACGGUGAUUUUACUCUACUAUCACCGCAGCUUGAAGACUAAACAGACUUGGACUGCAUUUUUUAAAAAGACUUUUGAAGGACUUUCGCAGCACUUCCCGGACUUUUCAAGUUUGUUUUUUUUAAAUUGCUUUUUAUAUUACUUUACAAAGAACUUUCUAUGUCAGCCGUGUGAAGCUUUGACAGUAUUUUCCAAAGGGCUUUCUCGUGCUUCAAGACCAUCAAGAACCUUUCAGCCGUACUUAUAAGAGACUUUUUUUUCCUGUGUUCAGAGACUCUUUGCUCAGAGUUUUGAGAAUUUGUGGCACAUGAUCAGAAAACACAUGUAUUCAUCAAAAACUGUGUUAUUGUUGUGUAAACUGAAAUAUAAAUGUAUAUUUAUGUAACAUAACAUUAUAUAAUGACACUAUGUUAUUUAACAGGCGUAUGACUUUAUUUGACAAACAAUGUGCAUUGUUGUAAGGUACAAACAUUGGCUAUUGAUUCGGUUUAUAGCUUCUCAAUGAAUAUGAUCAUGAGAGUAUAAUCAUGUCUGAAAGUGGAAAAUGACUCAAGAUGACCAAUAAAGUGUUUGUAAACCUGAAA